AUGUCGAAUCGAAAGCUACAGAAGGAGGUUGAAACUGUCUUUAAGAAGAUUCAUGAAGGCGUGGACCUAUUUAAUUACUACUUCCAGCGACAUGAAGCGUCCAGUAAUGACUCACAGCGAGAAAAACUAGAAGCGGAUCUCAAGAAAGAAAUCAAGAAGCUUCAAAAGUUCCGAGAUCAGAUCAAGACAUGGCAAGGGAACGACUCUCUAGAAACGACAAUCGCUCCUCAAAAGCUACAAGAGCAUAGACGACUUGUUGAAGAAGCAAUGGAGUGCUAUAAGGAGGUUGAGAAGACAUCAAAAAUGAAAUCAUACUCCAAUCAGUCCAUUAUGCUUGCAGCUUUGAAUGACAACGAACAAGAGCUCACUUCGGAGGCACGAGAAGCAGUUGAUUUUCUUGUAGAAAUUGAAGAAGAUCUUCAAGAUCAAAAUGAGAAGUUAGAUGAAGAAUAUGAGAAGCUCUCGCAGAAGAAAGUCAGAAAGAACAACCUGCUGGCUAUCGAAGAAAGAAAGCUGGAACUUGAAAGUUUCAAGUCUAGAAACGAGUUUCAUCUCGAAAAGAUCCUGGGCUUGCUACAAUUUCUUAAAGCUGGCAAACUAGCGGGUGAGCUGGUCAUGACGAUUCAAGAAGACUUAAACUUUUAUGUUGAGUCAAAUCAGGAGCCAGACUUCAUGGAUGAUGAAACGAUGUACGAUGAACUCUAUAAAGAAGCCAAAGAAAAUCAUGAGAACAAUAUAAAUGUUAACGGUGGUGCUGCAGAAGAAUCCUUUGAUUUGAGCCUAUCAAACGGUCACGACAGUCAUGAGCAUGAAGCCAGCACGGAAUCUUCAAUACCGAGUAGCGCAAAGCGCAAGGCGACAUCAUCGUCGCCGCCUUCACAGGAUGUAACACCGCUGACAUCGCAACAUUCACAAGAUUUACCGACUAAGAACGAUAAGACACCAAAGUCAAAACAAGCUACGAAGAGCGAGCCCUCGGAGACAUCUAGUCCGGCAUUCAUCACCACUCUUAAACCAGCAUCGACACCUUCAAAGCCAGUUGGUGCCUUGAAGUGGUCUCUUGCUGCUGCCGGUGCUUCCAAAGCAUCGGAGAGCCUUGACAGUUCUGAUCAAACUCCUGAGAAACCUGAUAGCGAAUACGAUACAAAGGGCACCACAAAUAGUAUUGCUAAGACUAAAUCAACGCCUAUGCCUGGACAUGACGAAAGCAAUGCAUCAGCUGAGUUACUUUCGCUUCUAACGAAGAACGAUGAGUUCAGUGCUCAUUUUGAGGUCUUAAAGAAUGCCAACUUAGCUUCUGUCGAAUUGGAGACAUUUAGUGAUGUAAACCUCUUACGGGCACCCAUUGGAGUUCAAGAUUUCGUGACGAGUCUCGUCGCAAACAACAAGGCUGACGACUCGUGCAAACUCUUGCAAAAAUCUUCGAAAUUUGAGCCAUUUACUUCGAAAUCAUUUGUGAAACCCUAUCAGUUCGAAGGAUUGUACCCAAACGCAGCGACCCCUGAGUCUCAAGUUGUUAGAGCCCCUCUAUUUUUGAGUAAACUUCAAAACCAAUGGGGAUGUAUAAGAGCUCUUAACGGCUUUAAUCAGUACGCUCAAGAGAUCGAAGCUCUUGAAAUACAGCGUACCCCAGAGAGCACGCCACUUGUGAAUGAAAUGACCAUGGUGUUGUUUUAUGGUUAUUACUAUGGUUACUUACCCUUGGAAAAUAUCGUGGCUGAAGCUCUCUUGCACAGACUUGGAUGGAAGCCAUAUGGGUUAACUCCACAGACGAAUGCCCAAACAGGAUUAGCCACGAACAAUAGGCAACCGCAGUUUUGGUUCAAACCCAUCAACAACGAAGCAUUGCUAGGUAAGGACCAAAAGAUUCCUGAAGCUGGAGAUUUUCGUGUCUUUGAUGUUAUGCUGUGGGAAGUCUAUGUCAAGUAUGGUUUCAAGUACGAUCCUCGCUUGAGCCGAUCGCAUCCAGUCACUAGUUUGAUUUGA